UCUUUAGUUUGGUUAGAAAUAUAAUGUGCUGAUAAAUUAAAAGUAGCGUUACCAAUUGUUAGUGCUGUUAACAAUUAUCUAGUUCUAUAUUCCAAUAAAAAUGGAUAUGAAGAGUGGUACAAUUUGGAUAGGAGAUCUGGAGCCAUAUAUGGAUGAAAACUUCUUGAAACAGGCAUUCAUGUUGAUGGGUGAAAACCUCCUUCAUGCUAAGGUCAUAAAAAACAAAUUUACUGGUUUACUUACAGGAUACGGGUUUCUAGAGUUUGGUGAUGAAGCAGUAGCUCAACGUGUUUUGCAUCGAUGCAAUGGCAAAAUAGUUCCAAAUACAUCGCCUCCAAAAAGGUUCAAGCUGAACCAUGCCAGUUAUGGUAAAGAACAUCUACAGCAGAAAGAACAUUCCUUGUUUGUAGGAGACCUUAGUCCUGAAGUAGAUGACCUAGCACUCUAUAAUGCUUUCUCUUCCAAAUAUCCAUCUGUCAAGGCAGCCAAAGUUGUGCUUGAUCAAGGAGGAAUCAGCAAAGGUUAUGGAUUUGUACGUUUUAUGUUGGAAUCUGAAUAUCAAGCUGCAUUAGUGGAAAUGCAGAAUGCUGCCAUUGUUGGCUCCAAGCCAAUCAGAGUCAGCAUAGCCACACCCAGAAGGUCAUUUGGUAGUAAUCUAGGUCAGGAUUAUAGGAAUUACUAUCAAUAUUCUGGAUAUGAUUAUCAAGGGUACUAUAACUGGCAAAAUUACCAUCAGCAGUAUUAUGGUUAUGAAUAUGACCAGAACAAUUCUAUCUAUGAUUCCAGUUAUUCUCAACAGUAUGACACUGGAUAUGAAAAUUCAGAAAAUGUUAUUGAAGAACAUGAUAAUCCUCUGGAUAUUGAUUAUUUAAAUGAUAGACUGAUGAAGAGAAAUGAGGAGUUUUAUGCAUCUUUGGAUGCUUCAAGAUGGUUACCAAUAGAGAGUCUAGACCCACCACUGUUACCCAUAAAGUAACAUCAAAGUUUAUGGCUGAUGAAAAAAGAGUGCUUGUAAAUCUCUGUCUUUGUUUCUUUUUUUCCUUUUGUAAAUGAAAUAAACAAAACUGAUUUAUUAUUUU